UAUAAAAUAAUAAUUAUACUAUAUUUUAAUUGACAUAACAUCAAUCUAUCAGGGCUUCUUAAACUAUGGGUCGCGUAGCAAAAUUCUGGGGUCGUGAGAGCUUAGUGAAAUCUUAAUUUAAUGCUGAAAGCAAGAGUCAAGCGUAGUCAUAAAAUUAUUUCUUAUUAACUUAAAAUUUUUGAUACUGUCAUGAAAUCAUCUGUGAUAACUUUAUAUACAUCUUAAAAAAUACGAAUACGAUAAGUCGAGGAAAGAAUACAAUAUUGUUCAAUCAAUGGAUGAAGGAGAAUGUCAACAGAAUUCAGAUGAUGUAAAUGUGAGUCAGAAACAAAAUACAUCAUGUAAUGAUGAAGCUGGUGUUCAAACUGAAUCACUAUACUUCUAUCAAAGUGAAGGCUUUGGUAGCUUAGAUGUCCAUUUUAAUUCAAGUUCAAGUCUAGAUGACGAUAGUUUAGAUGACAUUCAAAUGGAAGAUAUGAGUGCAGCUAGUACAUCAGCAUCAGAUGAAAAUGUUGAAUGUAAAUAUCAGUUAUUAAUCGAUAAAAAUUAUGAAAAGAAAAUACAAUCGAUAUGUUAUCAACUUUAGAGGAUGCUCAACUAUUCAUUCCAAUUAAACGACGCAAACGAAAAAUACCAACUGAUGAGAAGACGACUACUCAACAAGUUAUGCAAGUACAAGUACAAGAACAACAAACACAAUCAGAAAACAUAGAAUUAUUAAGAAUUGAACAAAAUACAAAUAAUGUUAAUCGAAAUGACAAUGAAAAUAUUAAAGAAUGUGAGAAUAAUCAGGAACAAACUACAAUGGAAAGUAAAAACACAACAACAUUAGAACAACAUGACGAUGAGCGUUGUUGAUUGAAAGUAAUAUCAAAAAAAUUAAGAAUUAUUAUAAAAUUAAGUGAACAAAUUGGAAAUGAUUUAAAAGAAGUACAAUUUAAUUUGAAUGUAAAUGCUCCCUCGACUUCGGAAAAACAAAAUUAUUGGUAGAAUAACUUUUUUUGUUAGGGCGGAAGUGUUAUGGUCCCAUGACAUUCGUACUAUCACUCGGUACUCGGUAGUAAAUCGCCCUGUAGUAGUUUAUAAAUCAGUAUGUUAUGUUGUUCUCGUGUAUUUUGUAUAAAUUGCAGUUUCACAUAAAACACACAAUAUUUUAUUAUAUUCAGCUUUCUAGUCUUAAAACUUGUGGCAUUUACACGUGUCACUUGUUUUCAUGGUCAAAUUUGAAUACACGAGGAUGAUUGUCGACAGACGCGAUUGAAAUAUUGCUUCCCUUCAGCCGCGUAUAUAAGUCAUAGUUUUCUGACUCUUGGGGAAUUCGUUAGUUGCAUUUGAAGAGAUCCGUUCGUUUUGCGGAUCUAUUAGUUAAUUAAUUCAUAUUCGGUUUUCGAUUCAAAUAUUUUAAAACAUCAUUUCUUGUAAAUACUUCAUAAAAUAAAGAGCAUUUGUACAAUA